AUUUUUAUUUUUUUUUUCGUUUUUCAUUCUUUCCUUAUUCUUGUCUUCUGUUUACUGAGACUUUCUGGCGCAUCCAAUAAAGGCUGCAGGCUGACGGAGAGCGAGCGAGCGAGCGAGCGAGAGCGCGAGCGGCCGGGCGGCUGCGUGAAAUCUGCACGUCGAUCGCAGAGCCCGCACGCGCACGCGGUGGAGGGAGGCUCGCGCGCAUCCGUCGCUCUCCUCUAGUAAAAAAAGGGGGGCGUGUUGGGCUGGCGCGAACUCAGACCCUCCCUCAUUUGCAUCAGUCAGUGGAAGGAGCGGAGAGACGCGCGGCGCGCGGAGAGGAGCGCAGGCAGAGACGGGAGGAAAGUUAUUUAAAAAAGAUUAUUUUGGGGGGUUUUCUUUUUCUUUUUUUCUUUUUUUUUUUUUUUUUUUUUUGCUUUUUAUUCUUGAGAGAGGCGUUAUAUUUUGGGAACCUCUCCUCACUCUCCUGUCCUGGCUGCGGUCGGGGUCUGAGCUGUGACAGCCCCGCUGAACGAGAGCCGGAGAGAGGCGUUCACAUAGCGGGGGGAGGACCCGUCUGCACGCCGGGCGGAGGAGCCGCUCUCCCGGGCAGCGACCGCGCGCUGAGCGGCCCCCUUUUCCCCUCCCAGCCUCCGGGACUCUGCGGGCGGCUCGAAGUUGGAGUCCCACAGCCAAGGAUUAUUGUCCGUCAUCCAAAGGAGUAAGGGGACGCAAGGUGGAGGACUGGAGGACUCGCAUCAUUCGGCGUCUCCGCGGUGGAAAUGGCAAGGCGGCCGCUGGAGAGAGGAGAGCAGCCGGCGCAGGAGAGGAGCCGGAGCCGGAGCUGAGUGACAGGAUGCCCGCGACCUGACUGCUCGCAGCACCGAUUCAGCCUGGAGUUUUUUCCCCUCUUUUUUUGUUGUUUUAAAUUUUUUAAUUAUUUUUUGAUUGUUUUUGCUGCUAAAGUACAUUUCGAUUUUUUUUUUUUUUGGGGUUUUAGUUUCGUUUUCUUGAACUGUAACGGAGAGACAUUAAGAAAGAAACAUACAAAAAAAAAACGCUUUUGGAGGAUUUUUCUUUGAAAAACAAAUACUUCUUCUUUUCCCGGAGUGCUUUUGUUUUCUUUUCUUUUCUUGUCCUUCUUCUUCUUUUCCCCCUCAUUUUCGGAGGAGACAGAACGAGGAUGCAUUGUGGAUUAGUUUCUGUCCUGUUCAUGGGAUUCCUCGCGGUGCUCGGGGCUUUUAAAAACGAUAAAUGCGGAGGCAACAUCAGGAUCUCCAGCGCCAACUACCUCACGUCGCCCGGAUACCCGCUGUCCUACCCGCCCUCUCAGAGGUGCACGUGGGUCAUCUCGGCGCCGGGCGCCCACCAGCGGAUCCUCAUCAACUUCAACCCGCAUUUCGACCUGGAGGACCGAGAGUGCAAGUAUGACUAUGUGGAGGUGCGAGAUGGUGUGGACGAGAACGGUCAGCUGGUGGGGAAGUACUGCGGGAAGAUCGCCCCCUCAGCAGUCGUCUCCUCAGGAAACCAGCUGUUUAUCAAGUUUGUUUCGGACUACGAGACGCACGGAGCCGGAUUCUCCAUCCGAUAUGAGAUCUUUAAGACGGGUCCCGAGUGCUCCAAGAACUUCACCUCCAACAGCGGCGUCAUAAAGUCUCCGGGGUUCCCAGAGAAGUACCCCAACAACCUCGACUGCACCUUCAUGAUCUUCGCCCCAAAGAUGUCGGAAAUCAUCUUGGAGUUUGAGAGCUUCGAGCUGGAACCCGACACAACGCCCCCCGCUGGUGUCUUUUGCCGCUACGACCGGCUGGAAAUCUGGGACGGUUUUCCAGGAGUCGGGCCGUACGUCGGGAGGUACUGUGGUCAGAACACCCCCGGCAGGAUCAUCUCCUACACAGGCAUUUUGGCUCUGACAAUCAACACCGACAGCGCCAUCGCCAAGGAAGGCUUCUCUGCCAACUUCACCGUCCUCGACCGGACCGUCCCAGAGGACUUUGACUGCAGCGAUCCGCUGGGAAUGGAGUCGGGGGAGAUAGCAUCAGACCAAAUCAUGGCUUCAUCCCAGUACAACCCCAGCUGGUCCCCGGAGCGCUCCAGACUCAACUACUACGAAAAUGCAUGGACGCCCGCAGAGGACUCAAACAAGGAGUGGAUUCAGGUGGACCUCGGCUUUUUGCGCUUCAUCUCUGCCAUCGGGACACAGGGUGCCAUUUCCCAGGAGACUCACAAGAUAUACUUUGUCAAGUCCUACAAAGUAGACGUCAGCUCCAACGGAGAGGACUGGAUCACCUUGAAAGAAGGCUCCAAACAGAAGAUUUUCCAGGGCAACACCAACCCAACGGACGUCACCAAGACCAAGCUGCCCAAGCCCACGCUGACGCGAUUCCUCCGCAUCCGUCCAGUUACCUGGGAAACGGGCAUAGCGCUGCGCUUCGAGGUCUACGGCUGCAAGAUAUCAGAGUACCCCUGCUCCGGCAUGCUGGGCAUGGUGUCGGGCCUGAUAACAGACAACCAGAUCACAGCGUCCUCUCACAACGACCGGAGCUGGGUGCCCGAGAACGCCCGCCUUCUCACCAGCAGGACCGGGUGGACGCUGCUGCCCCAGCCGCAGCCCUUCACCAACGAGUGGCUGCAGGUGGAUCUGGGCGAAGAGAAGCUGGUGAAGGGGUUCAUCAUCCAGGGAGGGAAAUACCGCGAGAACAAGGUCUUCAUGAAGAAAUUCCGCCUCGGGUACAGCAACAACGGCUCCGACUGGAGGGUGGUGUAUGACACCAGCGGAAACAAACCAAAGAUCUUUGAAGGUAACAGUAAUUACGACACUCCUGAGCUGAGGACAGUGGAGCCCCUGCUGACCCGUUUCAUCAGAAUUUACCCAGAGAGGGCCACUCCUGCUGGGAUGGGCCUGCGCCUUGAGCUCCUCGGCUGCGAGAUUGAAGCUCCGACACUCCCCCCGACCACUCCGGUCCCGAGCACCACCCCUUCUGAUGAGUGUGACGACGACCAGGCGAGCUGCCACAGCGGCACAGGUGAUGACUACGAUGUGACAGGUGGCACCACCAUGCCAGAGACCACAACUUUAAAAGUGGACCCAAUUCCAGCCUUUCUGUGGUUUGCUUGUGACUUUGGUUGGCCCAAUGAUCCCUCCUUCUGCCGCUGGACUCCAGAGGAAACUGGCUCCAGCUGGCAGAUCCAGUCCAGCGGCACCCCAACUCUCAACACCGGCCCCAACAUGGACCACACAGGGGGGUCAGGAAACUUCAUCUAUACGCUAGCGACUGGUCUCCAGGAGAGUGAAGUGGCUCGACUAGUGAGUCCCGUGGUCAGCUCUGAGGACUCCGACCUGUGCGUGUCCUUUUGGUACCACAUGCACGGGUCACACAUCGGAACACUGCAUAUCAAACAGCGCGAGAAGACUGAGGAAGGAACUGCUGACAUCCUGCUCUGGACGGUCAGUGGUCACCAAGGCAAUCGCUGGAGAGAAGGGCGUGUCUUUGUCCCGCGAAUCAGCAAACCCUAUCAGGUGGUGAUUGAGGGUCUUGUGCAGAGGAAGAGUUGGGGAGACAUCGCUGUGGAUGACAUUAAGGUUCUCGACGGGCUUGGCAAAUCAGAUUGUGAAGAUCCUGAUGUGCCCACUGAGUCAGUGCUACCGGAGGACAAUAUCAACGAAAUUUUUGAGGACAUCACCGACUAUCCAGACCUGGUAGAAACUAACCAGAUCAGCGGCGCUGGCAACAUGCUUAAAACUCUCAAUCCCAUCCUCAUCACCAUCAUCGCCAUGUCGGCCCUGGGGGUUUUCCUGGGGGCCAUCUGCGGCGUGGUCCUGUACUGUGCUUGCUCGCACGGUGGCAUGUCGGAGAGGAACUUAUCGGCCCUGGAGAACUAUAACUUUGAGUUGGUGGACGGGGUUAAGCUAAAAAAGGACAAACUCAAUGUACAGAACUCAUACUCAGAGGCAUGAGAUGGGUCAGGCUGCCGACACAAGACUGAAAGACAGAGCAGAGCUCGCACAAAAAGAAGAAGAAUGAAAAAAAAAAUAAAAAAUCUCGAGGCAUAUUUUGUAUGCCAGCCCCAUAAGCGGGCUCAGCAGAACUGCCAAACACCCUCCACUCAACAGAUGAGGGUCAGGGUUCAGGAAACCAGUGGGAGGUUUGGACUGAUCCACGCUUUUUUUCUCAGGAGCUGCAGUAAAAAGAACCUACCAGUAGGGGACACUGUGUACAAAUAAAAAAUAAAAUAAAAAAUACAAGAAAAGAGAAAAAACAAACAAAAAAGUAUGUACAGAUGAUUUAGAUGAUAUUAUAAUUUUGUAUUUUGAUUUUCAUUCAUUUCUACAAUCGGAUGCUGGUGUUGAGACCAAUUUAUUAAUAAUGUUUAAAGUAUUUAUCAUUUUUUUUGGGAGGGGUGUUUGGAGAGAAAUGUGUUGGGGGAGGUUUUGUUUGUAGAAUCAGUUCAUGAAAGCUGUUGUUUCUCUUCACGCUUUGAAAGAGACGUGUCGAAACCCUUAAAGAACCAUGUCCCGACUAAACUGUAUAUUUUGCCACUGCAGGGCGGCGUAACGAGCGCGACCCCGGUCCUUUUCCCCUUUGACCACCCUGCAGUUCGGGUCCCAUUCACGUAUGGUUCUGACAGUGCCUUUAGUACCUUUUGGUUGGCCUUUUCCGUUGAACCGAGUUCUCUUUUUAAUUAUAUUAGGGUUAAGUUAUAAUGAAAGGAAACAGGGGCACAUUACCUUACGAAUUCCUGCGAAACAGGACUAUAGUUUAUUGCAGCGCUUUUUCUUUUGUUUUGUUUCGUUUUUCCUGUCCGAGAAAAAAAAACCCUUUGUAAAUAAGUUUUAAUAUAUUUUAUUUCCCUUUUUAAAGAAAGUAAAAGUUAAAAAAAAGCUGCGGUAUCCCUUUUUUCCCCUCCAUUAGUGUGAGUGUGUUAGAGUGUUUGUGUAUGUGUGUAAAUACAAACUUUUGACUGUUUUGUGCAGAAGUGUGGCGUCGGCCGUAGAUUCCGUUGCUCAGGCAAGCAAGACUGAUUUUGUGCGUGAGUGUGUGUGUGUGAGACGCUGAUUUUGUGCGUUGAAGCCAUCUUUCAUUUCCAAAAAACAAAAAGGAACUCACAAGAUGGAUGAAUAAAAGGGUAAAACGUGCACAUGAAAAACAUCCUCCAUUGCUGAUGUCUCAUUUGACAUAGGCCUAAAUAAAGGGUAAAAUUAGACAUGUUUACGUCAAAAUAUAUAUUUAAAUAUGUCGACCAGCAUACCAAAAGGAAAACCAUCAACCGACGUUCUAUUAUUGUUAUCAUUUUUGUCUUUUGUUUUUCCUCCAGUAUCACUGUGGAUGUUCACUGUAAGAAGAAGUGCUAUCUGAACAAUGCGGCUUGAAUGCACUUUGUUGAUAGGAAGCCGAUUUUUAAAAAAAAUAAUAAAUGAAUAAAACGAGGAGCCGACCCGCUCACUGAACGACGGUGCUAUCGGUAGUUCAGCCGGACAUGGACGUGUCUCGCGAUGAACCCAGACGUGUAGCUGAAAGGUCUCGCUUAGGGCCUGCGAGAAUUUCACAUGUAGCAGCCAUAACGACGUGAUGUCAGAGCCGAUGUCAUUGGAACGGCACGGCGGGGGAUCGAGCGGCAUCGCCUGAAUCAGGUUAUCUGGGAAUCCCUCCGUGGCUUUACCAAAGGAUUGUUGCCCCUCCACACACACGCACGCUUACACACACCUCUUGACUGCAGGGGCUUCUCACCGACAAGAGAGUACAGCAAGAAUACAGCUCAUCAUCAAGCGAUCACCCUUCAGGCAUGGAGGGGGAAACACCAGGACACUUGUGGAAAAUUGUUGACAAAGUGUUUUGGUUUUUUGGGGAUUUUUUUCUAGAUCAUUUUGGUGUUUUAAAAGUGUGAGCUUUUACAAUCUCAGUCGACAUGUUUGCAGAUGGACGGAUGAGACAAUCCCAUCAUAAUACACUCGGAUGGAGAGAAUGUCGAGGACAUGCACACACACACACACAUAUGACGGAGCCUGCGAGCCCUACGAUGAAACUUCAUCGGUUUGCCUAACCACCAACCAAUCACGAACUUGAUCAAUUUUUGUAUCUAAGAAAGGUGACGUCUUUUAAAUCUGUGCGCUUUGUAUGUCGUGCCGUAGUGUAUACACACACACACACACACACACGCACGCACGCACGCACACACACACAUGCACACGCGCGCAGACACACACUCCUAGCUUUUUCUUUUAUCUCAUUUCAAAUCGGAUGACCCCGCUCUCCUCUGCUUUCAGUUUCAGAGGACGGUAGCUGAAGCAGGCUAGACGAAAAAAAAACAAACAAAAAAACAAAACGGAUUCUGUAGCGUGGACUCGAAACCAACAAUGUUGCACUGAGAAAUAUAUUUAAGAGGUCUAUGUGUUUAUAGUGUUCAUUUGCAAAAAACAAAAAAAAAAACGAAAAAAAAAACGUCAAAAGAGAAAAAAAUCAACUUGUGCUCGUUUUUUUGUUGUUUUUUUUUAAGGAGAAUUUCAGAUUUUCUGGAAUGGAUCCACAAUGUAAAAAAAGAGACAUUUUCAUUACUGAAAAGACAGAACAGAUUUUUUUAAAAGAAAGAACAUCCCCUCCCCGUACAUGUACAUGCAAUGUUAGCACUUCAUUUUUUACUGUCAUUCAGAUUUUGUGCAGAUUUUUAUUUAGUUUUUUUUGUUUGUUUUUACAAGAAAAACAAGACUUUUAUUUUCAAUACUGCUUCUGUAAUUUGCUGUUGUAGGGGGGGAAAGUAAUAAAACAGCAAAGGUCUUUUAAAGCAA